AAUUCGAAAAGAAACCUCCAUAACAAAACAGCUCAGUCCAAAGGUAAAAAAGGAGCGACCUUUUUCGCAGUUGGGAUUUCUAGGGUUUCUUUCGAGGAGAAAUCUGAGCCGUUCGAGGGACGAUCUGAGAACCCAACCGAAUGGCAUCGCAGGGCCAGGGAGGGAUGGACCCUGCCGUGCUCGACGACAUAAUCAAGCGGCUCACGGAGGUCCGAUUGGCCAGGCCGGGUAAGCAGGUUCAGCUCUCGGAGGCGGAGAUCAAACAGCUCUGUGGCGCUUCCAGGGAAAUCUUUCUUCAGCAGCCCAAUUUGCUCGAGCUCGAAGCCCCAAUCAAAAUUUGCGGUGACAUUCAUGGACAAUACAGUGACCUUUUAAGGCUAUUUGAAUAUGGUGGUUUUCCUCCCAGUGCAAAUUAUCUGUUCCUAGGUGACUAUGUGGAUCGUGGCAAGCAGAGUUUAGAAACAAUAUGCCUCUUGCUUGCCUAUAAAAUUAAGUAUCCGGAGAACUUCUUUCUGCUGAGAGGAAAUCAUGAAUGUGCUUCUAUUAAUCGUAUCUAUGGAUUCUAUGACGAGUGCAAGCGACGAUUUAACGUGAGACUUUGGAAAUCCUUCACAGACAGCUUUAACUGCCUUCCUGUGGCAGCUCUUAUAGAUGACAAAAUUUUAUGCAUGCAUGGUGGUCUUUCCCCUGAUUUGACAAACUUGGAUCAGAUCAGAAACUUGACUCGUCCAACUGCUGUUCCUGAUACUGGAUUGCUUUGCGAUUUGCUAUGGUCAGAUCCUGGUAGAGAUGUUAAGGGAUGGGGAAUGAAUGACAGAGGUGUCUCGUAUACAUUCGGCGCUGAUAAGGUGGCAGAAUUCUUAACGAAACACGAUUUGGACCUUGUUUGUCGUGCUCAUCAGGUUGUGGAAGAUGGUUAUGAGUUCUUUGCGGACAGGCAACUUGUUACAAUUUUUUCAGCUCCCAACUACUGUGGUGAGUUUGACAAUGCUGGUGCAAUGAUGAGUGUAGAUGAAAACUUAAUGUGCUCUUUCCAGAUUCUUAAGCCAGCUGAGAAAAAAUCCAAGUUCAUGAUGUCAACAAAAAUGUGAUGUUGCAAUAUCACUGCUCCAGCCUUGAACUAGGCAGUUUUUCCCUUCUUUUGUGGGGCAACUUGGCGGAAAAUGAAGGUUGGCCCGCCUCAGAACUUUCCUUCAUCUCUAGUAGAAUCCAAGUACUUAAGCUGGGGAGAAGCUAUGGAAGUUGGUUGUUGGGAGAAAUACUCUGGAGUCGCCUGAGGCAGAAGCAUUUUAUAUUUCCUCGUUCCCCUUUCUCUGUAAUGCGUAUUCCGCAACGUUUGUGUACAUAUAAUUUGGUCUGUCGACGCAAUGCUGUGCUUUCCAUGGAGGCCAACAGCAAUGGCGUCAUUUCACUCCCCAAAGAAGUCUCCAGUUUUCUUAGAGUAUUAGCAAUAUAACUCAUUGAUUGAACGGUUUGUUAACGACGCUUUAAGCUUACUUUUGGUGUUAAGAAAUGGUCAAUUGCUACUGGUGGCUCUGUUUGUGUUGCA